GGUGCCGUGGCAGGUCAUGAUUGGUUGUUUCCCCGCCGAGCGUAAAGUUUAACAGAUCGAGAGAGAAAAACUCUCUCUCCCUCCUCCUCCGUUCUCCGUCGCGACUCGGCUCUAUAGUGUUUUGAUUUUCUCGCAGACAUUUUGGUGAGCAUUUCGUGUUAUAGAGGAUUUUCAAUGUCUGGCGCAGAGGAUAAUAAAUCUUCCCAUGCUGAGCUUUCGUCCCAAGUUUUUCUUGAUCUUGUGGAUUCGGUGAUUGCUGAUGUAGCAUCUGAGUGUCAUCGGGUAGCACGACUAGGACUUGAUCGUGAUUUGGAGGUAGUAGAAGAGGAGUUGAGGUUGUCAGUGGAAGCGCGUGCUAAGGUCGCUGAUCCUAGCAACAACCUUGAAACCAACACCAAAUUUGUUGUUGAUAUUUUUGGUCAGACUCACCCUCCUGUAGCUACUGAAGUGUUCAACUGCAUGAACUGUGGGCGACAAAUUGUUGCAGGAAGGUUUGCUCCUCAUCUGGAAAAAUGCAUGGGCAAGGGAAGAAAGGCUCGUGCCAAGACAACCAGGAGCACAACAGCUGCCCAGAACAGGAACGCACGACGCAGCCCAAAUCCGCGAUAUUCUCCUUAUCCAAAUUCUGCUAGUGAGAACCAGUUAGCAAGUGGAUCACCUGGUGUUGCAGGUGAAGACUGCUCAAAUGGCACAGUCCGAGAGAACGUGAAAGGAGACUGAAGCACGACCAGUGAGAGGCUUAUACUGAACGACAGUGUGGCUAGUAACUGACUCGACCAGACUGGUAUAAAUCGUAUUGCUAGGUUUAUAUUCAGUUCACAAAAAGAGAGAAAAGAGGCACAAAAGGAAAAGUAAGUAGCUGAGGUUCAUAAUGUAGCUAUUUCACCAGCUUAACAACCUUGGCAUGUCAAUUACAGAUUGAAAUGAAAUGAUUUUUUGGGGUAUCAAUAUAUUAGUACGUGCACCAUCA